CCUUCCCGUGCCCCAUCCUUUUUGGCAGCCGGCAGUAGGCGAGGAGCGCCGCCCAGCCCCGUGGGCAGGGGCGCGGGUGCGGGCGCCUGCCCUUGGCUUGAGGUCGACGGGGGAAAGAGCGAGGAAGGGGCGAGGCUGACUCGACUGGGGGCUGCCUGGCCGGGUCCGCCCGGAAUAGGCAGGGACUAUCCGACGGGCACUCGGAGACUAGGGACCAGCAGAGAGGUGCUUUAAGAGGGGCAGAGAGCUUGCGCCCCACUUAAGCUGGCGGGGAUCGGCCGCCUGCGCGCUGUGAGGGAGCCGCCGCGGGAGCCGGACGCGGCCCCUCUGCGAACCCCAUAGCUAGUGCGCGGGGCCCGGCGAGCGCACCAAUCUUCGGUCCCUCGGAGCCAGAGGCCCUGGAGGACGUCAUCCCUCUCCGUUCGGGCAACUCCUCCGCCCCUCUUGCCUCCACCCCUCCGCGCCCGCCGUUUAGCCUAUUCAGAGACUCCGUGCCUUUGCCAACGCGCGCAGCGGUUGCUGCUGUCACUCCCCUCCCCGCCCUCGCCGGAGUUGGAGCGCCCUGGGGUCUGGCCUCCUGGCCCCGGCCACCUAGUUGUGCGCUGGAGGCGAGUGGCGCUGGCCAGUUCUUUGCGAGGAGGGCAGGAGUGAGCGCGGGCUCUCUCUACAGUGCUCCCUCCGAAUCCGUCCCCGCCCCGGUGCAACUCAAACCGCUAGCCCAGAGAGCGGACUCUCAGAAGCCAGACCUUGGUCGCCCUGGCAAAACUGGGGGUCUUUCUGGGAAGGUGCGAGCCUCGUGGAUGAGGCCAGAACCUCCGCCUCCAUCCCAGCCUUUCAGUGCCUGCUUUCCUGCUUUCAAGUGCACAGUGGCUCUGACCUCCGCAUUCCGGCUCGCGGCGUGGGGGGCGCUAGCGGCUGUGUGUGUGUGUGUGUGUGUGUGUAAGGAUGAGCGAGUGCGAUCCUCCGGGAGGCAGAAGCGCAGGAGCCCGUUCCCCCAGCCCUGCGGAGUCGCAGGGCCACCCCUCUCCGCCAGCGGCUCGCCGCUGCACCCCAGCAACUCCACGCUGCCGGCUCCUCUCCUUCCGCUCCAGCUCGCAGUCCUCCCCACCGAGGCGGCAUCCCAGGAUUAAAAUCAUCUGGCCACAGGGUGCGGGUGUGGGAUCGAGGCGCUCCCGAGGGGAAUGAGGCUGUUUUUCAAAAUCCGGGGAGUGUCCCUCGCCGGGCAUUGCAUCUUUCCGCGACUCCUCUGUACGGACCUGCGGUGGAGGCUUGGUGGAGAAUCUGGAUCAGACUCGGAAUCCAAGCCGGACCAGGAGGCAGAGCCCCAGGAGGCAGUGGGAGCACGGGGGCACGCGGGAGCGCCUGGGCCGGAGCCGCCCACUGAGGAGCAGCAGCAGGUCCUGGAGCAGUUCGCGGCCGCUGCAGCGCACAGCACCCCGGUGCGGAGGGAGGUCACUGACAAGGAACAGGAAUCUGCUUCCAGAGCUGCAAAACAGCUUGAAUAUCAGCAAUUAGAAGAGGAUAAACUUUCUCAGAAAUCAUCUAGCAGUAAACUAUCUCGGUCUCCAUUAAAGAUUGUCAAAAAGCCUAAAAGCAUGCAGUGCAAAGUGAUACUUCUAGAUGGCUCAGAAUAUACCUGUGAUGUAGAGAAACGCUCCAGAGGACAAGUGCUGUUUGAUAAAGUAUGUGAACACUUGAACUUGCUAGAGAAAGACUACUUUGGGCUUACGUAUCGAGAUGCUGAAAACCAGAAGAAUUGGUUGGACCCUGCUAAGGAAAUAAAAAAACAGGUUCGAAGUGGUGCUUGGCACUUUUCUUUUAAUGUGAAAUUCUAUCCACCAGACCCUGCCCAGCUAUCUGAAGAUAUCACCAGGUACUACCUCUGCUUGCAGUUGCGAGAUGACAUUGUGUCCGGAAGGCUGCCCUGCUCCUUUGUUACCCUGGCCUUGCUGGGCUCCUACACUGUCCAGUCAGAACUCGGAGACUACGACCCAGACGAAUGUGGGAGCGAUUAUAUUAGUGAGUUCCGCUUUGCACCAAACCACACGAAAGAACUGGAAGACAAAGUGAUCGAGCUGCACAAGAGCCACAGAGGGAUGACGCCAGCAGAAGCAGAGAUGCAUUUCUUGGAAAAUGCCAAAAAAUUGUCCAUGUAUGGGGUAGAUUUACAUCAUGCUAAGGACUCAGAAGGAGUAGAAAUUAUGUUAGGAGUUUGUGCAAGUGGUCUGUUGAUAUAUCGUGACCGGCUGCGAAUAAACAGAUUUGCCUGGCCCAAGGUUCUAAAGAUUUCAUAUAAACGGAACAACUUUUACAUAAAGAUCCGGCCAGGAGAGUUUGAACAAUUUGAAAGCACCAUUGGGUUUAAGCUGCCAAACCAUCGAGCGGCCAAGCGUUUAUGGAAAGUUUGUGUUGAGCAUCAUACAUUUUUCAGACUGUUGUUACCAGAAGCACCUCCCAAGAAAUUCCUAACCUUGGGUUCCAAGUUUCGUUAUAGUGGCAGGACACAAGCACAAACGAGAAGAGCCAGUGCGUUGAUAGAUCGCCCAGCGCCUUACUUUGAGCGCUCGUCCAGCAAACGUUAUACCAUGUCUCGCAGCUUGGAUGGAGCAUCAGUGAAUGAAAACCAUGAAAUAUACAUGAAGGAUUCUAUGUCUGCUGCAGAGGUUGGUACUGGCCAGUACGCCACAACAAAAGGCAUCUCUCAGACCAACUUGAUCACCACUGUGACUCCGGAGAAGAAGACCGAGGAGGAACGAGACGAGGAAGAGGAUAAACGGAGGAAGGGGGAAGAAGUCACGCCCGUCUCGGCCAUCCGGCACGAGGGAAAGUCACCUGGGCUUGGCACUGACUCAUGUCCCUUGUCACCCCCAUCUGCCCAUUGUGCCCCCAUAUCUCCCACAGAUCUCCGUAGGAGGUGUAAGGAGAAUGACUGCAAACUGCCAGGUUGUGAGCCAUCCAGAGCUGAGCACAUGCCUGGAGAGCCCACCUUGGACUCUGAUGGGCCAGGGAGGCCUUACCUAGGGGAUCAAGAUGUGGCCUUUAGCUACAGACAGCAAACUGGCAAGGGGACUACCCUGUUCUCCUUCUCCUUGCAGCUCCCCGAGUCAUUCCCCUCCCUCCUAGACGAUGAUGGGUACCUCUCUUUCCCCAACCUUUCUGAAACCAACCUCCUGCCCCAGAGCUUGCAGCAUUACCUUCCGAUCCGCUCACCGUCCCUCGUGCCCUGUUUCCUCUUCAUCUUUUUCUUUCUGCUGUCUGCCUCCUUCUCAGUGCCAUACGCUCUCACUCUCUCCUUCCCUCUGGCUCUGUGCCUCUGCUACCUGGAGCCCAAGGCGGCCUCCUUGAGCGCCUCCCUAGACAAUGACCCGAGUGACAGUUCAGAGGAAGAGACUGACAGUGAGCGCACGGACACCGCAGCCGAUGGGGAGACCACCGCUACUGAGUCGGACCAGGAGGAAGAUGCAGAGCUCAAGGCACAGAAUAGUCUGAUUAAACGAAUAAAGGGUGAAAAUGUGUAUGUCAAACAUAGUAAUCUUAUGUUAGAGGAGCUAGAAAAAACUCAAGAUGAUCUGAUGAAACAUCAAACCAACAUUAGUGAGCUGAAAAGAACCUUCUUAGAAACCUCAACAGACACUGCUGUCACGAAUGAAUGGGAGAAGAGGCUUUCCACGUCCCCCGUGAGACUGGCCGCCAGGCAGGAGGAUGCCCCCAUGAUCGAACCACUUGUUCCUGAAGAGACCAAAGAAGAAAGAGAGAUUUCUGAAAAAAUUAUAUUUUUGCAGCAAGGAAGCUCUCCAUUCUUUGAGUCUCAGCCAAGUGUGAUAAAGAAAAUGCAGGAAGGAGAUUCUGCUGACUCUGUGGUUACUUCUCGUCAAAUAAUUUUCCAGAAAACUGUCCCAUCGACCCUAGAGGGCACAGAGGAUUGGGUUAUUGUAGACAAAAUACCCACUGAGGUAGUUGAUGGUGAUUCGAAAAAGAUUGUGACUUACAAGGUGGUGACCGUGAGCAGUAGAACCGGUGACCUCGCACCUGACAUGUUAAAAUCUGGCACUAUUAAAAUGCAUAGCUUCGAAGACUUGGCUCGAGAAAUGCAACUGAAAGAAGAUAGCAAACAGAAAAUAUACACUCUAGGAAAAUCCUAUGACACUGUCUCCGGGAGAAUUGUUACUAUGACUGAGAAAGCUAAAGAGGGCGAGAAAGUGGGACAGCCCUACACUACGGAAGCCCUUCAGAAAAUGGAGAAAGGAAUGUCAGAGUCUGUGAAGACCAUUCCCGGACUGGCAGAAUAUGAGGUACUGGAAGCCCUCGCUGAUGAAAAAUCCAAGAGAGGACCCGAGGUCCAGACCACAAAGCGGAAAUUGUCCGAAUCACUGGCGCCCAUCAAGGAGGCCGAGUCUCGCCGUCAGAGUCCAGAAGAUGACGACCUCAAGAAGGCUCCACAGCUGGGGAAGGACUUGACCGUCCCCCCUGGCCUGGAAGGCAGACGCUUCAGCAAAACAGAGCAAGUGCCAGAGAGUGAGGUCUUAAAAGUGGGCCUCUUUGGUCCCCGAAGGAAGAGCCUGUCCGAAUGGAGAUAUUCCCAGGAACCGGCCUUUACCGUUGCUACUGCCCAUUACGUUACUGAGUCGUCCGCCUCCCGAGUAGUGACUAAGCAGUCUUCUGGGGAAAAGCUCAUGGAUGGCUCUGAAAUCUUCAGUUUAUUAGAGUCUGCACGAAAACCAACAGAAUUCAUAGGAGGGGUUACUUCUCAAAGCUGGGUUCAGAAAAUGGAAACCAAGACGGAAUCCAGCAGAAUCGAGACGGAACCCGCCUCACACCACCUACCACUUAGCACUGAAAAGGUGGUGCAGGAGACUGUGCUGGUGGAGGAGAGGCGUGUGAUGCACGCAAGUGGGGAUGCUUCUUACACAGCAGGAGACGGUGGAGAUGCCACAGCACCACCCACAUUCCCGGGGGCUUCUAGUGUUAAAGGGAAGGAGGGCUCUGCCCUGAUGGAGGGGGCUAAAGAGGAACCAGGGGAGGAGGUCGCUAAAGCUGUGCUGGAGCAGCAAGAGACAGCCGCUGCUUCCCGUGAGCCACAAGAGGAGCAGAGUGCAGCCAUCCACGUUUCAGAAACUUUGGAACAAAAACCUCAUUUUGAGUCCUCAAUGGUGAAGACGGAAACCAUCAGUUUUGGCAGUGUUUCACCAGGAGGAGUAAAGCUAGAAAUUUCUACCAAGGAAGUGCCAGUAGUUCACACCGAAACCAAAACCAUCACAUAUGAAUCAUCACAGGUCGAUCCUGGCACAGAUCUGGAGCCGGGCGUGCUGAUGAGCGCACAGACGAUCACAUCUGAAACCACCAGUACCACCACCACCACGCACAUCACCAAAACUGUGAAAGGGGGCAUUUCAGAGACAAGAAUUGAGAAGCGAAUAGUCAUCACGGGAGAUGCAGACAUUGACCACGACCAGGAAUAACUUAGCUUGCACAUGAAUGCAGUCAUGCAAACCAUUAGGAAAACCAGAGCCUAUAUGGAGUGCCCUCUUCUAACCCAACUGACUUGUAUCUGUCCGUGGAAAAUUUCAGUCCAGAAGAAUUGACCUUGACCAUUAAUAAAGACACUGGCAGAGAGAUCCUCCCAUAAUAAAGCAAUCUGAUUCAGCAUCACUAAACUGAUAAUGCAUGAAGCAACAAUAAAAUUACAAAUAGCCGCAUUUUUAAUUUUCACAAAAUGUCUCAGUUUUCAGCUAUACCUGCACGUUCAUAACCAACAAUAUAAACCGUGAUUUCAUGUAACACAUAAGCAAUUCAUGCCUUUCAUAGUUUAUUAUUAUUAAAGUCUAAACAAAAUUGCAAUUUCUUAGGUAACAAACCUUUUGUUUACAGUUAAACGAAGAUUACCCUCAAAUGCUAGAAGCUGUCUAGGUCCAUCUGAUGUGUCAGAUUUUUUCCAGAUUAGAUGUGCCAAUAAUCAAGUUUAUUCAGUAAACAACUUAUACUUGUUUCAUCUGGUUUUAUUACUCUCACCCAUAAACAGUAAUGACUCUCUGACCCUCUGGAAAUAUUUAACGCUUACAAUCUUGCUUUGUGUAUCUCAUUUAAUUUGUUAUAAGGUAGUACUGAUUUUAGCAUAUUAAUGUGAUUUCUUCCUCAUUGUUUGCUUUGGUCUGUGUUCAAUCCAGAGAGCUUUUCAGAGUUCCCUAACCAGUCCUAAAUAUGUAAAUUGUCAUUAUUUUGAGAAGAAAAACCUGUAUUUUUGUUAGUUUACAAUAUCAUGAAAUUUCACUUCAGGAGAACCUGUUGGGCUUCCUGUGGCUUUGUUUUCUUAGUUUCUUCUUCUGUGUAUUUUUUAAUUGAUUUUUCUUCUUUUACUUGAAAAGAGUGUUUUAUUUUCAAAUCUGGUCCAUAUUUACAUUCUAGUUCAGAGCCAAGCCUUAAACUGUACAGAAUUUUCACUGUAAUUAAAACUAUUUAGUGUUAUAAAUAGUCUUCAAAAAGAGAGAUUCUCCAUUACACAGUCACCUGCAUCACAGCCCAUGGUGAAUGUAUGUUUCUGCAUAGCAAAAUAAAAACGGCAAAUGCACUGAAA